UUUCACAGAGGAGACGAAAGUGGAUAGAAAGAAGAAAGAUAGAAAGGGGGGGGGGAGGAAUAACCCAGAGUGAACGGUGGCUGCUGUAGGGGGACGGGAUGAGUGAGGACAACCACUCCCACUACAGGCUAGAUCCCAGCGAUCGCCUCAAUGGACUGGGACAGAGGAGAAAGAGACCCAAGAAGUCGGACAGUAACACAAGUUUCCUGCGAGCGGCGAGGGCAGGGAACAUUGACAAGGUUUUGGAAUAUCUGAAAGGAGGCGUGGACAUCAGCACCUGUAAUCAGAAUGGUCUUAAUGCGCUGCACCUGGCAGCCAAGGAGGGACACAUAGAUCUGGUCCAGGAGUUGCUGGAUCGGGGUGCAGCUGUGGAUUCAGCCACAAAGAAAGGAAACACAGCGCUCCACAUAGCCUCUCUGGCUGGCCAGGCUGAAGUGGUGAAGAUACUGACCAAACGUGGUGCUGAUAUCAACGCGCAGUCUCAGAAUGGAUUCACUCCUCUGUACAUGGCUGCCCAGGAGAAUCAUCUGGAUGUGGUGAGGUACCUGCUUGAGAAUGGAGGCAACCAGAGCAUUGCUACAGAGGAUGGCUUCACCCCUCUGGCCAUUGCUCUCCAGCAGGGCCACAACCAGGUUGUGUCCGUCUUAUUGGAGAAUGAUACCAAAGGCAAGGUCCGCCUACCUGCCUUGCACAUUGCUGCCCGGAAAGAUGACACCAAAUCAGCAGCCCUGCUCCUCCAGAAUGACCACAAUGCUGAUGUCCAGUCAAAGAUGAUGGUCAAUAGGACUACUGAGAAUGGCAAGAGUGGAUUCACGCCUCUGCAUAUUGCCGCCCACUAUGGGAAUGUCAAUGUGGCCACGCUCUUGCUGAACCGAGGGGCAGCAGUUGACUUUACAGCAAGGAAUGGAAUCACUCCGCUACACGUGGCCUCUAAGCGUGGCAACACUAACAUGGUUCGCCUGUUAUUAGACCGUGGCUCUCAGAUUGACGCUAAAACGAGGGAUGGUCUGACUCCCCUUCACUGUGCUGCUCGGAGCGGACACGAUACAGCUGUGGAGCUGCUGCUGGAGAGAGGAGCACCUUUGCUUGCUAGGACCAAGAAUGGGCUGUCCCCUCUCCACAUGGCAGCGCAAGGUGACCACAUUGAAUGCGUCAAACACCUUCUACAGCACAAGGCUCCCGUUGAUGAUGUCACACUAGACUACCUGACGGCGUUGCAUGUGGCCGCUCACUGCGGUCACUACAGAGUCACCAAACUGUUGCUGGACAAAAGGGCCAACCCUAAUGCCAGGGCACUGAACGGCUUCACCCCUCUGCACAUAGCCUGUAAGAAGAACCGCGUGAAGGUGAUGGAGCUGCUGGUUAAAUAUGGAGCUUCAAUCCAGGCCAUCACAGAGUCCGGUCUGACGCCCAUCCACGUAGCAGCCUUCAUGGGUCACCUGAACAUUGUCCUGCUCCUGCUGCAGAACGGAGCCUCAGCUGAUGUCAGCAAUAUUCGUGGGGAAACAGCCUUACACAUGGCAGCCCGGGCGGGUCAGGUGGAGGUGGUCAGAUGUCUCCUGAGGAACGGAGCGAUGGUUGAUGCGCGGGCACGUGAGGAGCAGACUCCGCUUCACAUCGCAUCCCGCCUGGGGAAAACUGAGAUUGUGCAGCUGCUGUUGCAGCACAUGGCCCAUCCUGACGCCGCCACAACCAAUGGCUACACCCCCCUCCACAUCUCUGCCAGGGAGGGGCAGGUGGAGACUGCGUCAGUCCUGCUGGAGGCAGGGGCUUCACACUCGCUAGCCACCAAGCAGAAAGGUUUUACGCCCCUGCAUGUGGCCGCCAAGUAUGGAAGCCUAGAUGUAGCCAAACUCCUCCUGCAGCGUCGCGCUCCUCCUGAUUCUGCUGGGAAGAAUGGCCUCACCCCGCUCCAUGUUGCAGCACAUUAUGAUAACCAGAAUGUGGCGCUCCUGCUUUUGGACAAAGGAGCUUCGCCACACACAAUGGCAAAGAAUGGCUACACUCCUCUGCACAUUGCGGCUAAAAAGAACCAGAUGGAAAUCGCCACAGUGCUGCUGCGCUACGGAGCAGAGACUAACAUCCUGACCAAGCAGGGUGUCACUCCGCUCCAUCUGGCCUCCCAGGAGGGUCAUGCGGACAUGGCUGCCCUGCUAAUAACCAAAGGAGCUCAAAUCAACGUUCCCACCAAGAGUGGCCUGACUGCCCUUCAUUUGGCAGCCCAGGAGGACAAAGUGGGCGUUGCUGAGAUCCUGGCCAAAAACGGUGCCAACCUCGACCAGCAGACCAAGUUGGGCUACACACCGCUAAUUGUAGCAUGUCACUAUGGAAAUGCCAAGAUGGUCAACUUCCUCCUCCAGAAUGGUGCAAGUGUCAAUGCCAAGACUAAGAAUGGAUACACUCCCCUUCAUCAGGCGGCCCAGCAAGGAAACACACACAUUAUUAAUGUACUGUUGCAAUACGGUGCCAAACCCAAUGCUAUCACUGUGAAUGGCAACACAGCUUUGGGAAUUGCUCGGAGGCUGGGCUAUAUUUCUGUAGUGGACACGCUGAGGGUCGUCACUGAGGAGAUCAUCACCACCACAACGACGGUGACGGAGAAACACAAGCUGAAUGUGCCAGAGACUAUGACUGAAGUACUGGAUGUGUCAGAUGAAGAGGGUAGCCACUAUACAGUUUGCACCAGAGCAUCUUUGUCUGACAGCAGUGAUGACACAAUGACGGGCGAUGGAGGGGAGUAUCUGAGGGCCGAAGACCUCAGGGAGCUGGGAGAUGACUCCCUGCCGGGACAGUACCUGGAUGGAAUGAACUACCUCCGCUUCAGCCUGGAGGGAGGACGCACCGACAGUCGAAUGCAAAGUUCAGACAGGUCCUUCACACCCACUCACCACAGCUACUACUCUAAACAUGAGGGCAUGAUGGAGGAGAUGCUCACCAGUCACCAGAUUUCAUCACUUGCCAGAGAGAGUGAGAGAGAUUCAUACCGGCUGAGCUGGGGCACAGAGAACCUGGACAACGUGGCUUUGUCCUCCAGCCCGGUCCAUUCUGGCCAUUCCUCUCCGUGCCACGAUCAUGGAGACCACAGCAGUUUCCUGGUCAGCUUCAUGGUGGAUGCCAGGGGUGGAGCCAUGCGUGGUUGUCGGCACAACGGCCUCCGCAUCAUCAUCCCGCCAAGGAAGUGCAGUGCCCCGACAAGAGUGACGUGCCGACUGGUGAAGAGGCACCGUCUGGCCACCAUGCCUCCGAUGGUUGAGGGGGAGGGCCUGGCCAGCAGGCUCAUAGAGGUGGGACCUUCUGGAGCUCAGUUCCUUGGUAAACUCCACCUCCCCAGUGCCCCUCCACCUCUAAAUGAGGGAGAAAGUUUGGUUAGCAGAAUCCUCCAGCUUGGCCCACCGGGAACAAAAUUCCUUGGUCCUGUGAUUGUGGAGAUCCCUCACUUUGCUGCCCUCCGAGGGAAGGAGCGUGAGCUGGUGAUCCUGAGGAGUGAGACGGGAGAGAGCUGGAAGGAGCAUCACUGUGAACACACUCAAGAGGAACUCAACCAGAUACUCAAUGGCAUGGACGAGGAACUGGAAACUCCUGAAGAGCUGGAGAGGAAACGCAUUUGCCGUAUAAUCACCAGAGAUUUCCCACAGUACUUUGCAGUGGUGUCACGCAUCAAGCAAGACAGUAAUCUGAUUGGCCCUGAAGGAGGCAUCCUAAGCAGCACUGUUGUACCACAAGUUCAGGCAGUUUUUCCUGAGGGGGCCCUCACCAAGAGGAUCAGGGUUGGACUGCAGGCCCAGCCAGUAGGUGUCGAUGUAGUAAGGAAGAUCCUGGGGAAUAAGGCCACCUUCAGCCCCAUCGUCACCCUGGAGCCACGCAGGAGAAAAUUUCAUAAACCCAUCACCAUGACCAUCCCUGUCCCCAAGAGCAGCUCUGACCCUGUCCUCAACGGUUUUGGAGGGGAUACGCCCACAUUACGACUGCUUUGUAGUAUCACUGGUGGAACAACGCCAGCCCAGUGGGAGGAUAUAACAGGAACUACUCCGUUAACCUUUAUCAAUGACUGCGUCUCCUUUACCACCAAUGUAUCUGCCAGGUUCUGGCUCAUAGACUGUCGGCAAGUCCAGGAAUCUGUCAACUUCUCCACUCAGGUGUACCGCGAAAUCAUUUGUGUCCCUUAUAUGGCCAAGUUUGUAAUCUUUGCCAAGACCCAUGACCCCAUUGAGGCACGCUUGCGCUGCUUCUGCAUGACCGAUGACAAGAUUGAUAAAACGCUGGAACAGCAGGAGAAUUUCACAGAGGUGGCACGAAGCCGAGAUGUAGAGGUCCUGGAGGGCAAACCUAUCUAUGCAGACUGCUUUGGUAACCUUGUUCCCCUCACCAAAAGUGGCCAACAUCAUCUCUUCAGCUUCUAUGCCUUUAAGGAGAACCGAUUAGCACUCUUCAUCAAAAUCCGAGACAACACUCAGGAGCCAUGUGGCCGCUUGUCAUUUAUGAAAGAACCUAGGAGCUACAGGUCACUCGCACAAAAUGCCAUAUGCAAUCUCAACAUCACACUUCCAUCAUACUGCAAGGAGUCUGAUUCAGACCAAGAACAAGAGGAAGAGACCAAGAGACUGCUCGAGAAAUAUGAAGAGACGGAGACAUCAGUCCUGAAAUCAGAGCUGAUUCGAGAACCAGAUCUCCUGUCCGACGUGUCCGAGAUGAAACAAGAUUUGAUCAAAAUGACUGCCAUCUUGACUGCAGAUUCCACUGAGAAAUCCUCUUCCUUAGGAGGGUGUGGUCUAGAGAAAGGGGCUGAGGAAGUUUCUGGAGAAGCAUUAGAAACAAUGGAAAAAGACUUAGAGAAAGUCAAAGAGGACCUAGAGAAAGUCAGUGAAAUACUGAGGAGUGGAACAUAUGAGGGUGAGGUGGCAGAGGAGGCAGCAAAAGCAGCUAGAAUGGCUGAGGAAUGGGUUCUCCUCUCAGACAGUGAGAUAGAGGAGGCCAAAAAGAUGGCUGCUUUAGAAAAUCAAGAGCCUAUCUUACGAGAAAGUAGAGGUAACAGAGGGACUCCCAGACCUAAGGCCAUAAAGGACAGUGGUGACCUUAAAGAAUACCUCGUGGAUGCACCAGUAAGCUCUAAAGUUAGAGCUAAAAAAGAGACAAGUUUCCAAGAAAGAUUCACUGAUGUUGUACUGCGCAAAAGUACUAAACCAACCACUCCAACCAAAGUGCAUGACAAACCCACCACUGGUGAUGUCAAAAAGCCAGUGAGACGGAAGGGCAAAGACCAGGGGCAGGCAGAGGAAUCAACAGAGACAGGGACUCAUCUAAAUGUGCCUACAACCAAUGCCCCGGCAUCACCCGUAUCCCCAGUGAUUGAAGAAACUCCCAUUGGAUCAAUAAAGGACAAAGUCAAAGCAUUACAACAAAAAGUGGAGGCAGAGCAAAAGAACAAAAAGGUCACUGGAAGCAAGCCGUCACAUUUGCCUGUUAUAAGCAAAUCCUCCCCAAAAGCCAAAGAAAGCCCUAAAUCAAAGCAGGGCCCACCUAAAUCCCCUAAAGCGGAAUCUGAAAAACUUGAAGAAACCAUGUCAGUUAAAGAGCUGAUGCAAGCAUUCCAAACAGGACAAGACCCCUCAAAAAGAAAGUCUGGGUUAUUUGAGCUGAAAACAUCCUCCACAUCAAAAUCAGAAAAAAGCACUAAAUCUGAAACUAUCCAAUCAAAAUCCACGACAAAAGCAAUAACUUCGCGUGUCUCUCAAGCGCGAGAAGUAUCGUUGGACUCCAAACCCCAAAAGAAAGUGAUCGUUCAGCAAGACAAAGGCAUAGAAACCAAGCCAGCUGCUGCUGCCCAUUCAGAGCUAACUGAAACUGUAGACUUUGGAAAUGGUGGUCUUGAUGAUAGCUCUGACAGCUUUAAACAUGAGGGUGUGGCAGACUCCCUAAGUUCUGGAAAUGGAACCCCUCAUUUGAGCUCUGAAGACAGUUACAAACACGAGGGUCUAGCCACUCCAGGCACGAGCCCUGAAAGUCUAUGUAUUUCUCCCAAAGCUGGACAGCAGACCUCUACAGCUUCAGCACCAGCUACCACAAAAGUAAUGAAAGAAAGUAAAGACACAGAAAAGUGUGGGGAUUCUGGUUUAGGGACCACUGGUGACCAACUCUCUACAGAACUGACCCUCCUUGUCUCUUCCAGCGAGGCUACAAAUGACCACACUACAACAGGUGUGCAUGAUGGAUCCCACAGCAAAGAGGUCAAGAGCACAUCAUCAGCCAGUGUCACCUCAGAGGGACCUCACUCUGUCUCAGACCAGCAUCAUUCAAAAUCCCAACUGAAAAAAGAAGAAAGUUAUUCACUAUGUGGGAAAACUGAUAAAGACAAUAGCACCGCAAAGGCAUCAACAUCAAAUACUAAAAAUAGGACUGAUGAGCAGAAGGAAGAGAGCUUAAGGAAGUCAAGGGAAAAUAGAGGAGAUGAUAAUGAUGGUCAAGACUUAGGUAUUAGCAAGCCGCAGAUAGGUAUGCUAAAAAGAAGUAGUAAUAUAACAGAUGAAGUAAAAGGAGAUCAGGCUGGACUCUUUGAAAGUGAUGUUACAAGUAAGACAAAGGAAGUUUUUAAACCAGAGGUCUGCAUCUAUGAUGACACAGAGGAUGAUGACGAGGCACCGGAGCUUCCCAGGACUGAGUCAAAAGGUGUCACUGCAAGGGUAUUUGCAGACUCUUGGUCUGCCAUGCGGGAGGAUGAUGCCACUUUUGCAGCUCGUGUAAAAGAGGAGGAACAGAAGAUAUUGAAUCUGGUUGUUGACCGCCAGUCUCUGCAAGCAACUCCAGACACCACGCCUGGUAGGACACCAACAGAAGACAGCACUCCCACCAGUGAGCCCAAUCCUUUUUUAUUCCAAGAAGGGAAGCUAUUUGAGAUGACCCGCAGUGGUGCUAUAGACAUGACUAAGAGAAGCUACGAGGAAGAGGCCGUUGGCUUUGCUUUUUUCCAGAUAGGUGAACAGCCUUUAGAGGAGCCUGUCUUAGAAGAAGCCAGACAAGAGAGUAAAAGAUCUGCCGCAGAACCUGAAGUUGGCCUUAAUCUAACGCUAGAGGUUAAGAUUGAUGACAAUGGGAAAUCCAAAGAAAUAGCUGAUUCUCAGCUUCAGUCCUCACCUGAAAAUGAUCAGCCGGGCUGUAAAGCUGAUGCCUCCAAAUCUAAAAUCCCAAAAAUGGGUGUUUCAGCUUCAGCUAAGCCUACAAAGAAAGAUCAGACAUCCCCUGAAGUUAUAGACGCAAAAACAGAGAAAACUAUAGCUGAAAGAUCCUUAGAUUUAGAAAGUUCUCUUGAUCAAAUGAUAACAAAUGUACAAACAGCAGAAACUACUGUUACUAGAUCAGUUUACUCUGAGCAGGGGCAAGAGUCCUCUGACUCUUCUCCAGAGGAACCACAGUCAGUAAUAGAAGCACCCAAAACUACAGGAAAGUCCAAACAAAGUGCUUCCAGUAGUGUUAAAAAAACUCCAGUCAAAGCACAAGCUAAGCCUGCUUCUCAAGGCCGGGGUAAAUCAGCAAUUCCUUCUCCGUCUCAUGCAGUUUCCUCUUCAACCACUCUUAAAAAAGAGUCCACCUCUAUUUCAGACUCUAAAUCUAAAAUUCCAGUUAAAGCUAGCACUAUCAAGCCUGACUCCACUGUCAAACGUUCUGAACAUACCCAAGACAAAAAACUUAAGGUCCCUGUAAAAAAGGAUACAAGGAGAAAAUCUGAGACAGAUGCGGGUCCCUCUGUGGAUGUCAAAACCAAGACACCAUCAUCCAAAGCCAAGAGCUUCUGUGAGGGGGAGUCUCCCAAGUCAUCUUCUAAAAAAGAACAGGGUCGUCCCUUGAGUGCUGAGUCAGCAAAAUCUAAAGGUUUUCAGUCCAGGUUGCCAAUCCGGGGCAAAAGUGGUCAGUCCUCUCAUUCAACAACACCCACUAAAGAGAAAAGGGAGCCAUUUAAAGAGCCCAUUGAGUUCUUUGAAGAGAUAAGUGAUGAAGCAGCAAAACUUGUGGCAAGGUUGGCACAGGCAGAGACAGACAAAGAGCGAGAAGUUGCAGCCGCCAUCUCAGAUGAUGAGAGCAGUCUCAUUGAUCCUUCAAUCAUAGAAAGAGAACAUUUCCCAGAGAUGCAGUUCCCUCCCUCAGGAGACAUCUUUCCUAUUAGACCACUGUGGGACGAACCUGUUGAGACACAGAUGCAGCGAAUCCCAGAUGAUAAAGUCCAAAGUCAAGUAGAUCCACAGGAUGAAGCUGAGAGAAAAGAGCAAAUGUUGGCCGUUAUAGCCGACCACCUGGGCUUCAGCUGGACUGAAUUAGCACAAGAGCUUGAUUUCAGUGAGGAGAGGAUCAACCAGAUAAGAACUGAGAAUCCCAACUCACUUCAAGACCAAAGCCUUGCUCUUCUGAACCUCUGGACAGAGAGGGAGGGAAAGCUUGCCACAGAAGCAACACUUAUCAAAAGACUGACAAAAAUCAACCGCAUGGAUAUUGUUCACCUUAUUGACACCAGGACAUCUCAAGAGGAGACUUCACAUACUUAUGCAGAAAUUGAGUGGACCAUAGCACAGGACCAUAGUGAAGGUUUCUCUGCUCUUCAUGAAGACAUUGACAGCCCCGGGCCUGGCAAGCGUAUGGAAGCUGCAAAAAGAAGCCCGUGCUCAGGACAACAGGUACCAAUGGUGUCAGCAGAAGACCUUUCAUCCAGUUUGUCAUCACUUCACGAGACAACAGGGCGAUCACCGACAGACUCCACAGCAACAGGCCUUCUUAGAACUGCUCAGAAAGAGAAACUACAAAAAGAGAUGGAAACAACACAGUCAUCACAAAGAAUAUAUGAGGAAAUGACAGACUUGGUACACACAGACAGUCUGAAACAAGCAGAUAAUCUGCCAGACAUCCCACUGCAGACCCUGACAGAGGAGAAGUACACAGAUGAAGAUGGCAACAUGGUAGUUAAGAAGAUCACACGGAAGGUGAUUCGUAAAUAUGUAUCUGCAGAUGGCAUGGAGACACAGGAAGUGAGCAUCGAAGGCUCUCACCAGGAGUCGAUCCAGAUAGAGGAGGGAGAUGCCGUUUCCAGAGUGGUGAAGAGAACUGUGCUUUGUAGUGAAGGGGAUCAAAAAGAGCUGACCUUUUCAGAGUCCCCAGCUCCUGGCCCUACCACAGAAUCAGAGUUUGAAGUGGAACCGGUCCAGGGUCGAAAGGUCAGCAAGGUUGUCAAGACAACUGUAGUGAGAGGCAAGAGGAUGGAGAAGCAGACAGGAGACCCCUCAUUGGCUGCAGAUCUCCCCUCAGCCAAAGAGGACUUUGAGAAGGCAAUGAAUUAUGCUGGAGGCUUUGGAAAAGUGCUAAUGCCACAUAUAGUAGAGAAAGAGAUUGUACAGGAUGACGGUUCUGUGGUUAAAAGAAGCCAGAUGCGUAAUUCACAAACCCAGAAGAGGACUGUGGUGAGGGAUGCUCAGAGGAAGCAUGUGCACCUAGAGCAUCUGGACAACACCCCAGAUGCCCUGCAGCCCGAUUCACUGCAACAGCACCUGCACCGACUGCUCCAAUGCUACUGUGAGGAGGAGGAGGAGGAGGAGGAGGAGGAAGAAAGAGAUGAAGAGGAGGAAGAUGAGGAGGAGGAUGAGAACCUUAAAUGAGCAGCUGCUUCCUACUUUUUCCGCUAAAGCUUUUGGUGAUGUCCACUUCUUCAGAUCCAACUGCUCUCUUUCCUGCUGUCCUUGUUCAUCACUGGAAUCACAUUUUUAUUUCCUCUUUCUUUGGUUUGUCAAAUAAUGGAUCAGUAUUUUUGUGCUUUAACAAUAGUCAUUUGCUCUGAUUGUGACCAAAGAUAGCCACCCUUUAUUGUCCCAAUGAUUUCUGUUGGUGUUCCACUUCUUUUGAUCCCGUGGCUGCUGUGGUGUGAUUUAGGUACGAUGCACCAAAGGUGGAUUCGAAUUAAAGGGGGCAUCUUGGAUGGUUCACCUCACGCACCGGCUCUUCUCGAAGAACUCUUGUAAACAUUUGUACAUAGGGGAGUUGACAAAAAAAAAAAAAGAAAAAUAAUUCUUGGACUGGAAAGAGGUUAAAAUGAUUCAAAGCAUUUAACACAUUAGCCCACCUAAACCUGCUGUACAUGCACUGAUUCAGCUGGAGAAUGGCCACUGUACAGAUGAGAUUAAUGUUAGACAGAGAAUAAAGUGAAGAGAGUGAAUGUGUGCAUCAUCAUAAACUCUUUAAACAGCCAAACAUCAAUCUGCUGAUCUGUUUACAAAGGCUGUGUGAUCACACCUUUUGUCUUCCCACGAUGCAUCUGUGCUUAUUUUAUCUAUGUGUCUGUCCUUCUCACGUGUGUCAUGCAUUCACAUUUUUUUGUCUGUCACAGAGCUGCCACCUCUGUGUGCUGUGGAAACAGAGUGUCUAUGGACAAAGAAAGUAGUGAUAAGGAAUGUUUUGGUGCAGGUCGAACCCUUAUCCCCACUUUCCUGACACCUGUGUUUCUUCUCUCUCACAUGUUGGUGCUUUUCCUUUACCUGCAGCUACACGUAUCAUUUUCCCAGUAGAACCUUUUAAAGGAGAAGUUUGAUUGUGUUGUUCUUAUUGUCAACAAAUCCUAGGGAAAUAUCCCAAACCAGCUCUGGGUCAUACGCUCUGUCACUGGCCUCAUGUAUUACCACGCAGCUGAAAACAGUCCCCAGGAGACAAUAUUUCCUCCAGCUUGCAACACGGACUGCACCACAAAAAAAAAUCACAGUAUCAUUUAGGUUAUGCAUCAUUAUGUAAUCAUAACCUAAAUGUUCCCUCUUUUGCAAAAUUAUUUCCCCUGUUGUUUGUUAGAGAACAUAAUGGAGGACUGCAGUUUUAAUGCUCAUGAUUUAUUACAGAAGUGAACACUGUCAUCAUGGAUUUAUGGACUCAGUCAUCAGCUUCAAAUCUUUUUCAAUACAACCUGCUGCUCAUUUAGUAAAUGAUGGUCCCAUUAAGGUGAAAUAGACAGUAAAGCAGUGUAUGCAUUAAGCCUCACAUAUCCCUACCAUGGUAUUCAGUUCAGCUGUCAUUUUAAGAUGCUUUAUAUCUUGUGAUAUUGGAUAAAAAAGCCUAACAAUAAGACUUUGCAAUGGUGGGAAGGAAGAACCCCCUUUUAACAGGAACAGACCUCUGGCAGAACCAGGCUUGGGGAGGGGCAGCCAUCUGCUACUACUGAAUGAGGAGUGAGGGGAAAGGUGAGAUCACAGGAGCAUAGAGAAACCACGAAGAUUAAAUGGGACAAAACAUCAGGUUUUGAGUUCGAUCCAACCCUCACUGCAAUAAUGAUCCCCUCUUGCUCCAAAAAAGCCAAGAUGGUGACAGACUUCACAACAGCAGUCCAGCAGCCAGUGGGUUACGUCAAGGUAUCUGCUUUCACUUCUUUUAAUUUGGUGACUGGUUCAAUCACCCAAAAACUGUUUUAGGAAUUCUUUACAGAAACGGCAGCGCUGUACAACGACUGCAUGACCGCAGACACCUGUCCCCCUGGAUGGGUUUUCUGGCACGGCAAUUUUCGUUGUAUACUUGUGUACAAUGACAAUAAAGUUCAAUCUAAUCUAAACUGUGUUUAAAGAUUUCAGUGAGGAAGUCAUGAAAGUAACGAGAGCUGGAGCGUAACACCUUCUUGGUUUUGGGCUCAGAUUUGUUGACACUAAGAAAAUAUACCAUAAGACCAGAUUUAUCCUUUAAUUUGAUUUAAAAACAAAACAAAACAAAAAACAAACAAAUCAUGUAUUUGUGGAUUUUAACUCUUCUUGUAAUCACUGUUAUCAAAUGUUUGACUUAAAGGCCAAUUUUAGUCCAGCUUCCACUGACUUCAGUUAUGACAUCUGUAUUUAUUUAUUUAUUGCAGUGUGUGUGUGUGUGUGUGUGUGUGUGUGUGAGCGAGAGCCUGAAGCUAGAAUUAAUUUUUUUUUGUUGCCAUCCUACACAAAGAGUUUUGCUGAAUUAAAAGGUGGCUGAAAUGCAUUCAGACAUGAAUGCGUGUGUUUGGUGUUCAUCUACAUUUCAUACUUUAUCUGUGUAACAAUCCAGUCCACAUGUUGCUGUUUACUUUGAGUGUAAUCCAACAGAAGAAUAAAAGACAUGUCAAAAAGAGGCACCUGAUUUGAUAAAUGAGCAUCCUGAUUCCAUGGUUAUAACAAUAUAUACAUAUUAACAGUGCAAAUAUUUAUGCGGGCAUGUAUGACUUUAUCAAAUUAUUACUUAAAAAAAUAAACCUAAACGCUAAUGAGGUAAAGCAGCUGCAGUGUGUAUAUGGCACAACAAUAAAACUGUACAUGUGUCAAAUCA